AUGGCAGGGACAAGACCAAAAUUGGACAACAGCAAGAUUGCAGGAAGAAGACCUUCACAACCAGAAGAGGUCAGCUUGAGAGACAUUUUGAAAGAGAUUCAGAGACUGGCAGCGAAGCAGGAUGAAUAUCAGCAAGAAGCCCAGAUAAAAAUGGACAAACAAACUAUUCAACAAAGGGAAAUAUGCGAGGAACUUCUUGAAAUGAAAAAAGAAUUUAGAGAGGAGAUGGGAUUAUUGAAAAAGGAAAUGAUGAAGACAAAUAAGGAGAUUAACAACUUAAAAAUGGAAAAUAUGAAAUUAGUCAAACAACAAAAUACCCUACAAAAAAAGAUGGAGGAUUUUGAACAAAAAAAUGAUAAACUUGAGAAAUUAGAAAAACUACAGGAGAAACUUGAACAAAACGAGAGGGAAUUUCAGCUACGCUUCCGAAAUGUGCAGGAGGAAGCAAAAGAAGAUACUCGCCAGUUGAUAACCAAACUGCUAGCUAAUCUCCUAAAACGAACAGAAGAAAAUAUGGACAAUGAGAUUGACAAAAUCUAUCGAGUUCAAACUAACUUUUCCAAAAGAAAUAAAGUGGCGAGGGACAUUAUUGUCCAUUUUGUAAAAAAAAGGAUAAGGGAUGAAAUCCUGAUUCAAAACAGCCGAAACCCAUUGUAUCACAAAGGUAAAAAAGUGAUCGUACUAAAAGAAUUCCCUCAAGCAACAUUAAACAGAAGGAGGAAGUACUUUUUUCUGACUGAUGAACUGAAACGGAUGAAAAUAAGAUUCCGUUGGGAGAAAAAAGAAGGAAUAAUGGUCACAUAUAAAGAGGAAAAGCACUGGUUAACCUCAGAAGAUAAGGCUAAGGAGUUUUACAAGAGGUAUAUAAAUGGAAAAAGUGAAAUACCUUCAGAAACCACUCCCCCCUCAGUCAAAAGAAAGAAAGCUAAAAGAGCGAGAUACCAUUCGGAGGAAAAACAAAAGCUCAAAACGGACUCAUUCUAUAAACUAGUAAAUGUGUCAGAUGAGGGGGAAGAGGGGAAUUCUGAAGAAGAAGAAGAAAGAGAGGAUAAGGAAGCGGAAGAAGAAGAAGAGAGAAUGGGGUCGGAAAAAGAGCAGGAAUCGGAGGAAGACAAAGCGCAGAUGACAUCAGAUAAUCCCCAUGGAAACGAGAAUGAGUAA